AUGGGAUGGUCACUUACUCAACGAAAGAGGCUGGCAUUUGAAAACAGUAUUAUCAAAACAUAUUUCCACCGAGACGAAAUAGAAUGGAUUGACCCCAAUGAUGAUACAAAACUCGAAAUCGAUGUAACUUGUAGCAGCGACAGCAAUUACACUCUCAGAAUAUAUCUUCCACCCGAUUUCCCUAACUCGUGUCCUGCCAUGGUCGUUCAUUCAUCUAGUGGUUUACUUAGAAGGAAAAAUGGCACUUUCUUGGAUAGUAUGAGUGGCACAGAUCACACGUUAUCAAGCAAAGAUGGUUACACACAAAUCUGCCACUUCCUUCCUCGCUCGUGGAAAGGUGAUAAAACGUUAUUUGACAUAAUUAUGAAAGGAAGGGCUUGGCUGGAGGCUUAUGAGAUUCAUCUUCAGACUGGAGAUUCCCUCGAUCGGUAUUUACAAGCCGACAGUAGCAUACUUUUAGAUGGAGUCAUCAACCGACUUUAA